UUAAAUACUGUUUCUAAACAUGUUAAACAUGUUAGGAGUUAUACGGCAAGCUGCUCGUGUAAGGCCUACAAAUUUGUUUUUUUCGUAUAUUAUGAGACAACAAUUCUCACAAACAAGAAAGAGAAUUUUCAGUACCGAAGCAACUUCGAAGGCAACUACAGACACUUCCAAAAAUGUUACUAAGGAAGCUACUAUUGCCCCUACUGAAGCUAUUAGAAAAGAACUCGAAACUAGCAAAGUCGCUAAAGAAGAAUCUCCAAGGAAAAAAGGAUUUGGAUUCGUAAUUAUGAUGUUAAAGAUAAAGAUGAUCUUAUUAAACGGGCACAAGAAGAAUUAAAACAACUUGAAGUUCAUAUCGAUCUUCUUAAGAUUGAAAAUCAGGCAAAAAUUCAAUCUACUAUAGAUG